UCUCUCUCUCUCUCUCUCUCUCUCUCUCUCUCACACACACACACACACACACACACACUCCCUCUCUCUCUCUCUCUCUCUCUCUCUCUCACACACACACACUCUCUCACUCACUCACGACUGCACAAUAAAUGGAUAUUUGAGGAAAAAAAUGAGUGAGAGAGAGACGUGCCUAGAGAAGAGGGGAGGAGAGAGAGAGACAGAAAGAGAGAGAGAGAGAGAGAGAGAGAGGGAGGGAGGGGUAUGCUUGUAUACAACUGCCCCAUUUCCAUUUUUUCUCCCCCCUCUAAACUCGUAAUGUAUUUAAUUCAAGUCAAACGUAAUCAUGACGUGUGAUGUCAUUAAUCUGCUCGCCGCCUCUCCCGUAUUCCUAGGAGGUGGUCUCUCAGAUCACCCUUUUCCCAGUGCAUCAUCUCUCAACCAAGGUAGUGGGUCAUGGAAAACACACACUACUAAGUAUGGAUUCCCCUUCAGAGUGUUUGCUUCCUGUCUCCUCUGAGGCACCCCUGUCCCCUCCAUCAAUGCCCUCACUAGAUCACAGUCCUCACUCCCUACCCCAGAGUCCUCAAUCUGCCCCGUCCAGCCACCUCAGCACCCCGUAUGCACCCCUGUCACCCUUUGCCCUUGGAGACGCCAACCAGCAAGAUGAAGAGGAUGACGAGGAGCUGUCAGCCCCUUCAUCUCCCACUCCAGCUGUGGCGCUGUUUCCUGGGGAAGAGCAGAUGUGUAGUCCCUCCUCAGAAGGCAGUCCUCCAGCCACUCCUUCAGCACCUUUGCCUGCUUUUGGAGCACUGGAGCAGGCACUCUCGUCUGGGGCUAGCGCCACCUGCAGUGACGAGUUGGACCUGCAGCUGUUCAACAACGAAGGCGUGACUGUCCAAGGAGGUCCAGCUACUGGGCCUGCCCUCAAGUUUCCUUGCCACGUUUGUGGGAAGAGAUUCCGUUUCCAGAGCAUCCUGUCCCUUCAUGCCCGAGCUCACAGUCUGGACAGGGACCGUCGAGCUUCUGCCCUCUAUAGGACCAUGCCCCUUAAACCCCAGCACCCCCCUGUGAGUGACGGUGUUAUUCGGAACCACAGCGCCAGAGACAUCAGCUUCAGUUCAAUAUCCUUAAAUAGGUCACUGCAUCGCAAUCUAAGAGAAGAGUCUGUUACAGAGGAGCCUCUCCAAACUGCCAGUAGUCCUCAGUUCCUAAUGGAUGGCUCAACACCCCUGACUCCACCCUUAACCGAAGAGGCACCUGUCUCCUCUACCUUAUCUCCUUUGGACCCUGCCCUCAUCGAAGAGCCCAUCCCUCCCGGAGCCGCUUCCGCCUUCCGCUGCCAUGCCUGCAAGGGUAAAUUCCGCACAGCCUCCGAGCUAGCCCGCCAUGUACGAAUCCUCCACAACCCCUACAAGUGCACACUGUGCCCCUUCUCAGCCAAUCAAGAGGAACGUCUAGCUGCUCACCUGCAAGAGAGCCACCCUCCUGAUGACUCCGUGCCGCCUCCUGUCUUCCCUUCCCGUCCCAUCACAGCUGCACCGCAAAUGCCUUUACCGCAAGCGCCUGCUCUUCCAGCCUUUCGUUGUGAGACCUGUGGCCAGCGCUUCACCCAGUCCUGGUUCCUGAAGGGACAUAUGCGCAAGCACAAGGACUCUCUUGACCAUAAGUGCCAGGUCUGUGGUCGUGGCUUCAAGGAGCCCUGGUUUCUCAAGAACCACAUGAAAGUGCACCUCAACAAGCUUGGCCUUAAGGCAGGCCUGGGAAGUCUAGGGCCUUCAGGACCUUCUGAACAGUCCAAAGGUCCUGGGAACCAGGCCUUAGGGGCUCUGUACUCCAACCUGCUCCUGGCACGCAGUAUGGCAGGUGGAGGAAGUGGAAGAGGCAAUCGGACCGAGAGGUUAGAUGUCAGUGCGGGAUCCAGCAAGUCUUCAAUGUGGGGUUACCUGGGCUUGCCCAAUGAUAGCAGUGGUGCGAGCUGCAUGGAACGCCUCCAGGCAGUGGCUCAGGUGGCGGAGAUGGGUAACGGAGUAGAGCGAGGCGGAGAGGCACUGGAUGGAGGGGAGCAGGCAGCUAUGUGGCAGCUGGUUGCUCGAAGCCUUGCAGCCGUACAACAAAGCCAACAGCAACAGCAGCAGCAGCACCACCAGCAACAACAGCAGCAGCAGAGAUCUCAGGCACAGCAUCAGCGCCCUACCGCACAGGGCAGUGUUGCUGGUGAGGCCGAGCAGGUGCGUGCCUACCUGGGUGGCCUUGGCUUCAAAGAGGACCUGGAGGCUUCUGGGGCCCCCUGGGAGUGCCCAGACUGCGGGAAGCUUUUCCAGAACCUCCAGCAGGUAGUCGCUCAUGCUCGGGUCCAUGUUCAGAAACAGCAGAAGUAUUCAAGUGCAAGAGGGGGUGCGGGAAAGGAAGAGGAAAGUGCACAUAAGACUGCGGGACAUCGAGGAGGAGGAGGAGGAGGAGAAGGAGGAGGAGGAAGUGUGCGAGGAAGUACAAACGAUUGCAGACACGAGGCCAAACAUCACCAGUCAGGAGUUGCUGGAACAGCUGGAAGUUUCCAUUCGGUCAUAACACAUCUUUCUAGGGAGAAUGGUCUAAGGGAGCCAUCAUCUGGACCUUCCUCAUCUCCAAGGGAGCGUGUCCGGGGUACAGGAAUGAAGGAUUGCCCCUACUGUGGAAAAGCCUUUCGCUCCUCCCACCACCUCAAAGUUCACCUUCGUGUGCACACAGGUGAAAGACCAUACAAAUGUCCCCACUGCGACUAUGCAGGAACCCAGUCUGGCUCUCUCAAGUACCAUCUACAGCGGCAUCAUCGUGAAAGGAAUGCUAUGGCAGGAUCUCCAAGCUCCUCCUCUCCAGGCCUCCCCUCCUCACUGAGUGGCUCUCCCAGAGAGGGGGCCCUGAAACAACGUCGCCCAUCUUCGACAAACCAGGGAAGGGAAUCGUUCGGAAGGGGUCCAGGUGGUCUGGGAGGUCCAGACGUCCACCACACAUCCCGACACAGCCAGGCUUUACUCGCUCUAGAACAGAAAGAAAGCUCUCAGAAGCACAGAGCACCUCAGAAAGCAAGAGAUCUGGAGAGUCAGUACCGUUUCUUGUCCGGGAUGAUGGGAGACCUCUACUCAAGUGGACUAGAAAGAGGCUGGGCUGGAGAGGCUCCUCCUCCGAAAGUGCUGAAAGUGUCCAGACGCAAGCCUCUCGUUACAAGUCGCAUGGUGCCGACUAACGGAUACCAGAGCAGUGCGACAUCUGGUGCUUCGCAGGAAUGUGGAUUUGAGCCUUUGGACCUCUCACGCCGCCCUGUGCCUGGAAUGGGUGCGGUGGAGCAAGACUUAGGAACUGUUAGCAGCUCUGGAAUUCUACCUUCAGGGGGAUCAAGAGAAGGAGAUGACACUCUGAGUCAGUGUGUCUUCUGUCCGUUUCGUACCUCUUCCGUUGAACUGAUGGCCAUGCAUCUGCAGGUCAACCACACCAGCAAGUCCCGCCGCAAGAGGGGAACCUCCGCGACCACUGACAACCACUCCUCCAGACUGUCCCUGCCUGGGUUGAACCGUGACCCUCUGGCACUGUGGAAGUUCUUGAGCGAAGGGGAUGGGGUCAUGGCCAUGGAGGACUGGAUCAAGUACCGGGCCAAGACUGGAAACGGGGUCGCUUCAGAAGAUUUAGAUAUGGAAAGGUCUCCAAAACGAGCCAGAGAGAUGCCACCAGUGCUGGGAAACAUCCAAGCCACGAAACAAGAGCUUAACCUCUUGGCAGAACGAGAGAAUACGGACGAGGAGGAAGCAGAAGACAUGGAGGACGGCUUGGAGGCGGCCAGCAGCCCUGAGAAUGACCCUCAUCAACUGGACACAAGAAAGGAUUUAUCUAGACCUGGAUCUGCAGACAUGAUGGAAGAUGACUUGCCUGUUGAGGAGGAGGAACGCUUGGUGGAAAACUAAGUUUUUAAGUUGCAAGAGAAAAGGAGAUAGAUAGAUGGAUGUCGGACAAUGCUGGAUGACGGAUUGAACUGGAGGAAAGGAUAGAUGUUUUAUGGAUGUAUCGGUGGAAUAACUAAACAAGACAAGGCAUGACAAGACAAGUUAAAAAAGGUCGUCAUCGCAUCCAUCCAUCCAUUCACGACAGACUCAACAAAUGUAACAGAUCUCAGAUUUAAAGUAUCUCAAACCCUUCUUCUUCUUCUCACUUGAAGACCCCGUAAUAUUGGUUCCACAUCAGGUUAAUAUGCACACCACUCACCCUAAAAAACAGACGUGCACACAGAAAUAUAUAUCCAGUAUUGUAUGCUAGACUUGUUAGCCUGCCUGUCCAGGAGUCCUGAGGCCUUCUUGACUGCUGUCCUUCUUCGAUUUGUGUCUCUGUUUUUUUCUUUUUCUUUCGGUUCGUUUUGUUGUCGAUGAAGACGAUGAUCGCCAAGUCGUAUUUCUACACUAUUUUCUUGCUACUGUGAGUCGCGAAACAUCCAGGAAUGUCAGUCUUUGGAGGACGAAAAGUGCAAAAACAGAAAGAAAACGAGUAUAAAAAUAUGAAAGUACUCUUACCAACUCUACAAGUUUUUUUUUGCUUUUCUCACGACGGAAUAUCUUACGCUGAAAAAGUAUCUUACGUUAGAUGUAUUGUACUACUUCCAUUUGCCGACACUUCUACCAUUAACCAAAGGGGUGGUCCCACUUCUUACCACACAUGUCCCAGGCUGUGAAGAAGAGUAUGCUGUGAUGACUGAAUGGUACUAACGAUGACCACGCGUAUCAAUGCAGGACAACAAAGAUUAUUUUCCCCACAUAUCCACUCGCUCUGCCGGCGAGGUCCGGCGGGUCCUCUACAGAUGUUAUUAUAUGAAACAGAAAUGCUUCUACUUCUAUACUCUAUAUGUCUCAGUGCCUGGUGAUGUAUAUGUUUCUUUUAAGGGAGUCGUAACACACAGGAGAAUAUAUACAGUAAAUAUAUUACAAUAUAUGUCUAAUAGCUCUAGACUUUAGAGGGUUUCGGAGCAUCUGGUGGCGGCGGCAGCGGCAGGUUGCCAUGCUGAAGAAUAGAGCGCUCUGAAACCGACUGAAAACAGCUGGCCAGCUGACAAAGGCCACAUGGCAGUGUUUACAUCUAAAAUAUCGUUAUUACGAUUCUAUUUCUAUUUUUAUUUUGCUUUAUUUAGUUUUUAGUUUUUGAUUUUAGCGUAAUCGGAUCGUCAUUGCCAAGGAGACGUUUUUUUUUUGUUUUGAGUUCUUCUCAAACAAAUUGAAGAUCACUCAGAAAUGUGUUCAUAUUUCGUUAAAAAAAGUCCUUGUUUUACGAAUGUUUCAUUUGUGGUUUUCUGACCUGGAAACCAUGAAGAAACGAGUCCCUAUAAAUCGGAAAGAAAAAAAAAAAAAAAAAAAAAAAACAGAGUAUGCCGCCUUCUAGAUCAUUAGAUUCUUUUUUUAAAGCAAUGACAAGAAACAAAAACCUUAUUAAUACACAAAAAAACACUAACAACUUUAUAGACAACCCAGUAGAACAUGUGUAGCUUUUAUAAGGAUAUAAAAAAAGAAACAAACAAAAAAAAGUUUUAUUUCCAUGUUAUUUUUAUUUUAAGAAGAGUCUUAAAGCAUAAAAAGUGCAUAAAGUGAUAAAGUGAUAUGAGUAUCAGUAAUAAUAUUGAUUAAUUAUAAUGGUUGUGAUAGAAGACUGGUUGGGAAUGUCUUAAAAGAGAAAAAAAACAAAAACACUGUGCAACGUUCGUCUGUCGUUUUAUUUUUUUCCCAAAGUAGAUUUUCGUUCGCUUUUUAAAUCUAGACCAAACCUCAAAAAUCGCUUUGUUUACGAAUUGUCGUCGAUAUAUUGAGUCACUUUCAUUUGAAGUAAUGCUGCAGAUUCAGAUCUCUGCUCCUAAUCAAACUGUAAAUCAAUCAGUUAAUGAUGUGUUGAUGAAAUCAACCGACCAAUCAGUGGACAAAUCCGACACACAAUCAGAAUGAAUCAAAAUGAGCAAAAAAAAAUAAAAUAAUGUAGUGUGCAGAGUUUGAGUGCUGUCCACGUUUGAUGACUUUAUUAUUUAUUAAUUGUUCAUGAUGGCGUGUCCAAGACACAUUACUGUCAGUCAGACUGACUCGCAUUAAAAUGUGAUUUUCCACCGUGCGCUUUUCCCAAUGCGUCACGUUUCUUAUUCCUUCUUUUCUAAGCGUAUCGUCACAGUCAUGCAACAACCUUGUAUCUCCAAUUUUAUACUUCUUGAUGUAGUGGGAAUCUGGUUGUAAUGGACCAAUAAGAAGAAUACUUUUCACAUACAGGGGUUGGACAAUUAAACUGAAACACCUGGUUUUAGAGCACAAUAAUUGAUUGUGGUGACGGACAGAUCUAAUGGAAACAGGAGAGUUGAGGUGUACAUUGAAUUCUGCCGUGAUUUGAUCAGCCGUGGUUUUAUGUCUUUUGGAUACAAUCCGGGUUAGCACCCGAACAUCCCUUUCAGACAGCUUCCUCUUACAGCGUCCACAGUUAAUCCUGUUGGAUGUGGUUGGUCCUUCUUGGUGGUAUGCUGACAUUACCCUGGAUACCGUGGCUCUUGAUGCAUCACAAAGACUUGCUGUCUUGGUCACAGAUGCUCCAGCAAGACGUGCACCAACAAUUUGUCCUCUUUUGAACUCUGGUAUGUCACCCAUAAUGUCGUGUGCAUUGCAAUAUUUUGAGCAGAACUGGGCUCUUACCCUGCUAAUUGAACCUUUACACUCUGCUCUUACUGGUGCAAUGUGCAAUUAAUGAAGAUUGAACACCAGGCUGCUCCAAUUUAGCCAUGAAACCUAAAAUCCCACACUAAAAUGAUGACAGGUGUUUCAGUUUCAUUGUCCAACCCCUGUAGAUCACCCAUAUAAUAUCCAUUGAUAACCAAAAAUAGCUCUGUUUUUCCUGAAGAUUUGUAUGUCUCAUAGUUAGGUCUUUCCACAAGAGGACAUAAAUACAGCUCUGGAAAAAAAUAAGAGAGCACUUAAAAAUGAUGAGUUUCUUCGAUUUUACCAAAUUGAAAACCUCUGGAAUAUAAUCAAGAGGAAGAUGGAUGAUCACAAGCCAUCAAACCACCAAACUGAACUGCUUGAAUUUUUGCACCAGGAGUAAAGCAGCAUAAAGUUAUCCAAAAGCAGUGUGUAAGACUGGUGGAGGAGAACAUGAUGCCAAGAUGCAUGAAAAAGAUUAAAUUGAAUAUGAACUUGUUUUCUUUGCAUCAUUUGAGGUCUGAAAGCUCUGCGUCUUUUUGUUAUUUUAGCCAUUUCUUAUUUUCUGCAAAUAAAUGCUGUAAAUUACAAUAUUUUUAUUUAGAAUUUGGGAGAAAUUUUGUCUGUAGUUUAUAGAAUAAAACAACAAUGUUCAUUUUACUCAAACAUAAACCUAUAAAUAGCAAAAUCAGAGAAACUGAUUCAGAAACUGAAGGAGUUCCUUCAUUUUUUCCAGAGCUGUAUAUCCCUAGUGGUAAAAGGGACAGUAAUAUUUUUUCAAGCCUUAAGCCUUCCUCACAUAUUGACAAUAGGCUUGGAUUGGUGCCAAUGGAUUUAUGUUUAUAUGCCACAAGAGGACAUAAUAUACAUACAGUAUAUUCCUUGCUGCCCUUUAAAAAGGCUUUUGGGUAGUGUACCUCUUGGUUAAAGAUUGUUUGCUGCUAAAAAUGCCUCUACUUGCGCACUUAAAAACAUUUUAUCCUGUUAACUUCAUAACUGUGAACUGAGAGAAGGAGGACGGUGGUUUCAACGAAUUUCCCGUCUUAUUUGCCACAAUGAUCCGAUCAAAAAAAUAGGACUACUACAGAUUGGAACUGUUUAAUCUUUAGCAAUGAAUCCAGUUUCUGUUUGGGAUUCAAUGAUGGCCAGAUUUGAGUAUGGAGGCCUUGUGGUCAGUGAUUCAAUCCUGAAAACACUGCUGCUGUGAUGGAUGAUCUGGUUCAGCAGGAUAAUGCUCGUCCACAUACUGGAAGAUUCUCUUAAACCUUCCUCACUAGG